AUGCCACCCCCAAAUCCUUUACACAAAAUGUCGAUCUGCAGUAAGCGCCGCAAACGGUCUGAGCGAUCACAGUCUAAACCUCCUUCGGAAAUUGAAAGAGCAAGGUUCAACCACGCCGCGAGCACGGUGCUUCCAUGCAUCCUUAAUAAUAUUUUCGCAACUGCUCUCAUCGAUGUGCAAACCCUCUCCAACGCGUUAUGCUCGAACACAACACGAUUAUCACAUGUCUCGGUUUGCGUACAAACAUCGUGCACAUGGCCAGACCAAGUCAAUGCUUCUAGAGCUGAGAGCAAAUUUUGUGCGGGGUUCCCUAUAGAAUCUCGAAGCAAUCAUCUGAUAGUUCUGGCGGCUGUUUUGUCGGUUGUGAUAUUUCCCAUUGUUGGGCUGAAAUUGUGGAUGCGGUGGACUACCAGCCACCGGCUAUGGGCUGACGACUACACCGCACUUGUUGCUGCUAUAUGCCUUGCCGCUAUAGCUGGUUGCGAUAUUGCGGCCGCUUCCAUGGGUCUUGGUAAACAUUACUGGAACAUCAACCCUGAACAUUACACACCCUUAUACCAAUCUAACAGCCUUCGGAUGUUUUACGCUUCCCAAAUUAUAUAUGUUGCUGUUCAAGUCUUCGCCAAAACGUCGAUUCUCUUGCUUUACCUCCGAGUAUUCACACAUUGCUGGUUCACAAUAGCUUGUAACCUCUGCAUCGUAUUCCUUGUGCUACACGGCAUCGCCUUCACCCUGGCAGUCAGCUUCCAAUGUAAACCCGUUAAAUCUCUCUGGAAUCCUCGAGUCACAGGAAAGUGCAUCAAUCUGACCGCUACUGGGGUCGCCGGCGCCAUUAUCAGUAUCGUCGAAGAUUUAGUCAUCCUUAUUCUCCCAAUACCCGAGAUCAUAAAUCUUCAAAUGAACAAGAGCAAAAAAUGGGGCCUUGUGUUGCUGUUCGGCAUCGGAUCCUUUGCGUGUCUUACGAGCGGUAUCAGACUAAAAUACUUUAUGAAUUUUGGAAAGAGUUUGGAUCCAACUUGGGCGUACAUCAAUGUCGUAAAAUGGUCGAUUAUCGAAGAGUUUACCGCUGUUCUCUGUACUGCUUUACCCUCGAUGUGUGCCGUGUUCAGACAUACCUUUGGCCUUCUCACCGACGGUCUGCAAUCUCUCACUGGAAGUUUUACUACUCGUCGUGAUCAUUCACAACCUUCCGGGGACAAGGCUAGUUCCUGCCAGUCAUUGACAAUACAUCCCAAGCAUCGAUACCCAAGUUUAGUGGACUUAGCCCUGGAAAUAGGGUGA